AGGAUGUGAACUCUACCAGGAUGAUGAGUCGAACAGCCAAGAAGUCACGUGAAUACUCUUGAGAAUACAAUGCUUAAAUUCUGUGAAUUUCCCAACAUAAAUGGGCUUGUAUCCCUGUGUACAGGAGAACUGGUGUCGGUUGUGAGUAACAUCUACCUGGUGGUUCUGACAUUUACUGCUAUUAUUCUCGUUCGAACUCAGAAGAAAUGCAACAACAGAAAAUGGUCCUGCCAUACUCUAAUCUGGGUGCUAAUGAUACUGAAUUGUAUUAGUAUACUACUAUACUCAACAGCAUGGCUAAUCAUCGCUAAAACAGAGGCUAUUGUCGUUUACCAAGUCCUCAACAUAUUGGCUUUCCUGUGCUUGCCAUUAUCAUUUAACAUCUUUGAACAGAGAUUCCAUCCGAAAUUCAACAUAGCCCUAACUGCGUACUGUCUACUAAGUGGAAUAUCUAAGAUGCUGAUUGUUACCUCCUUCUCCCGCUCCUUGGUCACAUGGUCCUGGGUUUCAGGGGUUGACGUGCGCUUUGUGUGCGCUGUCGUUCAAGCUACUGUCCUACUUUUCCUUACUUUCAUCACUUUCUAUAACUUCUGGAUGCACUUGAGGAAUGAUUUCUCUGAGAUCCCCAGUGAUGACACAACAAGGAGACCACUGCGCAGUCUCUCCAGAGCGCUCUAUUUGUGGUGCUGGGAGUUAUUGGUAAAAGCAAGGAGCAAAACUCUGCAACUCAGUGAUUGCUUCCUCUUGCCAGAUGAAGACUGUGCUGAUUUCGAGAAAACAGCGUCUUCUCUAUUCAUGCUGGUCCUUAAAGAACACGCCAAGCAACUCCUUCUUAGUGGUAUGAUGUACUUGGUAUCUCUGGCAUUAGAGUUUGUGCCUAUAUACAUCACCUUCUGUAUUCUCAGUAACUUUGCCUCCCCAAACAUCACUGAUACUAACCAGGCACUGUUCAGUAUAAAGGAUGUAUCUCAUAAUAACUACUGUCUGAUAGUCCUCCUAUUUAUAAGCGAGACAGUAAAGUGUGUCCUACACCAAUCUCACAGCUUCAUGGCUGCAGAGAUGGCUGCAAAAACACAGAAAUCUGUGCAGGGUUUGUUGUACUCUAAGCUAGUUAGGGUAGCACAAUGGGAGCUGAAUGAUGGUCUGGUCGAUGUCGUUACUCUACAAGUAGAUCACGUGACAACAGGUUUACAGAUGAUCCAUAACGUUUGGAAAAUUCCCCUGCAGUUUACAUUAUGUCUUAUUUUUAUGGAGAUGCUCAUUGGCUUAAGCGCGCUACUGCCAAUAGUUGUGCUGAUCCUCUGUUUAUUAUUCACCUCCUGGCUACUUCACAAGCGGUCCUUCCUGGAAUCUAAACUUCAAGCCUCAAAACAGUCAUGGUACUACUUAGUCCAAGAAUUUAUCGAGCAUAUUUGGAUCCUGAAGAUAAGAAAUAUUCACACGCUCUUCAAGAAAAAGAUUCUAGAAGAGACGAGUAAGAUCCCAGAGAGAAAGGUAACAGUACUGUUUGCUCUGAUUCAGAUUGUAAAACACGGACUACCAUCUCUACUUCUCAUUCUAAUGUUCCUCCUAUUUUACCUUGUUGACGGAGAUAGACCACUCACAGUUCCAGCAGGUGUGGGCGCGGUACUGCUGUUGAACAUGGUUAGGAUCCAGCUCAGCACAGCACAGACCUUCUGUAAACAGAUUCUUCUCAUGGCUGAGGCGCUUGCAGACAUUUCCAAUACUCUCGCAAAGGACGAAAUCGAACUACCGAAUUCGAAUAUCUACCAAGACGUAGAACUAGUGGGUGAAGCUUCGACCUCAGCUCAAGAAGAGGAAACAGUAGCUAAGAUAUCUAAUGGUACCUUCACGUGGGGAACUGAGCGCAUGUCACCUAAAGUUCUGAGUGAUGUUAACAUUAAGAUACCUAAAGGGAAGCUUACUAUCAUCGUCGGUAGACCGGGUUCAGGGAAGACGUCCCUACUCUCAGCACUUCUCUGUGAGAUGCACAACAUGGUGGGGGAGGUUAUCUGGGCCCCCGAUACAAAAGUAGCAGUAGCUGCUCAGCAACCCGUCAUAUUCGGUGGAACAGUAAAAGAGAACGUGUUAUUUGGAAAGGUGUACGAUGUGGAACGUUACCUGAAGAUAAUCACUCUCUGUAACCUCAAGGAACACACUCUCAAUUAUCGAUAUUUCCAGAUCCAGGAGAGUAAGAGCAACAGCUACCACCCCAUCUCCCUGGCACGAGCCCUGUACUCCUCCUCCCCGGUACUUAUCCUGGACAACCCCCUGGCUGGGCUGGAUACCCAGUCACGUGAACAGUUCUUCUUUGAGAGCGUGGUCUUGUUUGCGGCUGAGGAAAACAGGACUGUUGUCAUGACUACUGAUAAUCCUGAGCUCGUGGAACAUGCACAUCAGGUUAUUCUGUUGGACCAAGGUAAAGUAAUGUACGACGGGUCUCCAGCAGAACUGAACAGAGACUGUGACUCCUUCCUAGACCUGCUAGCUUCUCACAAUAAAACAUUACCUCCUCCCCUUCCUGUUAGGAGAAGGCUUGAAAAAGGCAGAGUUACUGAGCCAGCGGAUGAGAUUAAUAUCAAGAGUAUUCCCAAUACCACAUACAAGGAGUGGAUUCAGAGUUGUAACACAGUGAAACUAACAAUGCUGUUGAUAUCUCUCUUCUUCACCACCUUCCUCAACGCUAUCACCUACUGGUUACUUCUCCGGUGGAUUGCCAGUUACACCCCAACUUCCGUCGUACUGGUUCCUGAGAAUGAGAAUAUUGCUUACAUUACUAAUGAUGUCACUCCUAGUUCCAACACAAGCUCUGCUAGUCCAGGGGAAGCGGUCCAGUUCUUUAUCGCAGGUGGAGGUUUGUCUGCUGGUGGAGAUAAUAACGGUAAUACUAGUGAACGUAGCAGUGGGGUCCGCUUGUUACACACAACUACACGAUAUGUUACACUCGGUAGCCACCAUGUCACUUUACCACUACAACAAGACUUCCCUUCCUUCUGUUCUCGGCAGGUUUACAGUGGAUUUGGAGCUGAUAGGUCGUCCUCUGAUGGAUUGCCUGGCAGCUGUCCUGUUUCUAGCUCUACAGAUAUUAGGGGCACUCAUUGUACAGGUGAUAGUCAGCCCGGGAGCAAUAGUGGUGAUAUUCCCCAUGAGUCUGGUGACAGUACUGUGUUACGUGUUCUACAAGCCGUGUUGCCGUGUUAUUAGAAUACUUCACGCUGAUUACAAGCAGAAUAUUUACCGUCACAUUUGUGAGACUGUCAGUUGUCUGACCCUGAUAAGAGGAUACGGAGAGCAGGAUGAGUACAUCUCUCUACUGGCUAAUCAGACUAAAAACUUAUACUGCAUUAACAUUGUGUGGGCAGGUAUACAGAGAUGGUUAUCUCUCUACCAAGAUACCUGUGUAAAUAUCAUCGUUAUGGGAUCCUUUAUAGCUACUACUUUCGUAUCAGACAAGAUAAGAAUGGAGCUGUUAGCACUAGCCCUCCUCCUCCUCCUCCUAUCCACACAACACUCCCGACUCCUCUGGAACCUUCUCGACUCCUGCGACGUUAUCCUGACCUCUAUAGACAACUGCGCGAGUCUGGCGUACCACUCCCCGCGCGAGGUGGACAACCCCAGGUUCAAACCUCCUGCGCUGUGGCCUCCUAAGGGAGGGCUGCUUUUCCAGGACGUCUUCGCUAGCAUGUCCGUCGAUCAGGAGCCGCAACUGAGGAAUAUUACGUUUAGCGUGAAACCUGGGACUAAGAUUGGAGUAGGAAGCUCUCAGAAUGGUGGCAAGAACUUCAUAGUACCCCUCAUUUUUAGGAGCCUGCAUGUGCAUAACGGUGACAUAAAGAUAGACGACUGGGACACGCAGUCACUCUCUCUGGAGGAUCUGAGGAAAUCUAUUGGAUUUGUUCCUACUGAUCCGCCUGUUUUCAAGGGAUCAGUCAGAUACAAUUUGGAUCCGAUAGAAAAGUUUACAGAUGAAGAGAUAUGGGCAGCACUUGAGACUGUAUCUUUGAAAGAUUACAUUACAGAACUUCCUGGUGGAUUACAAUCUGAUGACGUGUACAGUUUUGACCGGGAAUCUAGAAGACUACUCUCCCUAGCCAUGAUGAUUCUUAACCACUUUAACAUAAUUGUUGUCGAGGAACCUAAAGUUAUCUCAAAUACUGAGCUUCUCAACGCUUUCACUAAGGUGCUCGACGAAGACCUGUCCAAGACAACUAGAAUAGUAAUAGGACAGAGAUCAGACACCCUCCUCUCCUGUGACACAGUUCUCCUCCUGAACCAGGGCAGAAUAGCGUCACUGGGCACUAAGGCUGAGUUGGAGGAGGGCGGCUGCCCGCAUUAUGGGACUUUGAGGCGGGCCUCAAGACUUGUCAGCUCUUCUUGAGGAAGCACUUUUAGACUUGUUUGCCCUUCUUGAAUCUUGAAGGACUUUUAUUUUUAAUAGAGGACCUACCUACAGACACGGAAAAUGUACAUCAGUUCCUAAAAUUAGCAUACAUUAACAGUAACACUUAUUUAACGUAUGAGAGCCUUUUAUGCACUCAGGCUUACAUUUUUCUUUUAGCCAUUUGAAAAUUAUCUAGGAAUAUUUAUUAUGCAUCUAUCAGCAAUCUUUUGAUUUUACCAAGUAAUCGCAAACGUUUUAUCAUCAUAAUAUUUCAUGAUUUAUUGACAAGUUUUUAGCUUCAAAUAAUCUUUUUACGGUUUAUACAAACUACCAAUAAUUUUGUAAUGUUUUAAUAUAAAGCAGUAUGUUACAUUAUAACCGGAAUCAAUCUAUUUAUCAUGUUCACAUGUGAUAAAAUCUUA